AUGGCUUCGGGUUACCUCAAUCGGAAGGAAACGGAGGUAAAGGUUGCUAUAGCUAGGCGGGUGAAGAACAAAAACCCAGCCCCAAUCCAAAUCACGGCGGAGCAAAUCCUCCGAGAAGCUAGGGAACGUCAAGAGGCAGAAAUCAGACCGCCCAACCAGAAAAUCACUGACCAAACAGAAGUAGCUGAUUACCGCCUUCGCAAGCGAAAGGAAUUUGAAUCCUUAAUUAGCCGUGUAGGCUGGAACAAGAGUGUGUGGGUGAAAUAUGCUGAAUGGGAAGAAUCACAAAACGACUUGAAGCGUGCUCGUUCUAUCUGGGAACGUGCACUUGUAAUUGAUGCGCUUAACCGUGACCAUACCAUCUGGUUGAAGUAUGUGCAUAUGGAGAUGAAGAAUAAGUUUGUUAAUCAUGCUCGCAAUCUAUGGGAUCGAGCUGUUAUCCGUUUGCCUAGGGUUGAUCAGUUGUGGUACAAGUAUAUUCAUAUGGAAGAGAUGCUCGGCAAUGUAGCUGGCGCAAGAGGUAUUUUUGAGAGGUGGAUGGGGUGGAUGCCGGACCAGCAAGGGUGGUUGUCUUACAUUAAGUUUGAGUUGAGGUAUAAUGAAACAGAGAGGGCAAGAGAAAUUUUUCAGAGAUUCGUGCAGUGUCAUCCGAAAGUUAGUGCUUGGAUUAGGUUUGCAAAAUUUGAGAUGAAGAAUGGGGAGAUAGGGAGGGCAAGGAAUUGUUAUGAGAGGGCUGUGGAUAAGUUGGCAGAUGACGAUGAGGAAGCUGAGCAGUUGUUUGUGGCAUUUGCAGAGUUUGAGGAAAAGUGUAGGGAGACGGACAGAGCAAGGUUCAUAUAUAAAUUUGCACUUGAUCACAUACCGAAAGGGCGAGCUGAAGAUUUGUACAGCAAGUUUGUGGCAUUUGAAAAGCAGUAUGGUGAUAGGGAAGGUAUUGAGGAUGCUAUAGUUGGAAAAAGUAGGUUUCAGUAUGAGGAUCAAGUAAAGAAGAAUCCACGUAACUAUGAUACGUGGUUUGAUUAUAUUCGUCUAGAAGAGAGCAUUGGAAAUAAAGAGAGGAUUAGAGAGGUUUAUGAAAGAGCCAUUGCUAAUGUUCCUCCUGCUGAAGAGAAGCGGUAUUGGCAGCGAUACAUUUACUUAUGGAUUAAUUAUGCAUUAUAUGAAGAGCUUGAUGCACAAGACAUGGAAAGGACCAGACAUGUCUACAGGGAGUGUCUUAAGUUGAUUCCGCAUCACAAGUUUUCAUUUGCAAACAUUUGGUUGUUGGCUGCCCAGUUUGAGAUUCGGCAGUUAAGACUCAAGGAGGCGCGGCUAUUACUUGGAGAAGCAAUUGGAAGGGCUCCUAAAGACAAAAUAUUUAAGAAGUACAUUGAGAUAGAGCUGCAUUUUGGGAACAUAGACCGUUGCAGAAAGCUUUAUGAGAAGUACUUAGAAUGGUCACCUGAAAAUUGCUAUGCUUGGAGCAAAUUCGCUGAGUUAGAGAGGUCCUUGUAUGAAACGGAGAGAGCCAGAGCUGUUUUUGAGCUUGCAAUUGACCAACCUGCACUGGAUAUCCCAGAGUUACUAUGGAAGGCUUACAUCGACUUUGAGAUCUCUGAGGGUGAAUUUGAAAGAACAAGAGCACUAUAUGAAAGACUUCUUAACCGCACGAAACAUUUAAAGGUGUGGAUAAGUUAUGCAAAGUUUGAGGCUUCAGCUAUGGGGGGUUCAGAUAUCAAACAGAAAAAGAAGUGCUUGCAACAUGCCAGAGAUGUCUUUGAGAGGGCCGUUUCUUACUUGAUAAAUUCGGCACCUGAACUGAAAGAAGAAAGAGUAAUACUUCUUGAAGAAUGGAUAUAUAUGGAAAACAAUUUUGGUGAGCUUGGUGAUGCCAAUUUAGUCCGUGCCAAACUACCAAAGAAACUGAAGAAGAGAAGGCAAAUAGAGACGGAGGAUGGUCCAGCAGCGUACGAGGAGUACAUAGACUAUCUUUUUCCUGAGCAGACUACUAAUAUGAAACUCUUGGACUCUGCUUAUAAAUGGAAGAAGCAGCGAGUUGCAUCCAAGGAUUAGCCAGAUUCUGUGUUUGCUUACAUU